AGUUUGCUGGUGAUGUUGCAGUUACUCCAGCCUCUGCAGGGUUUCCUUACCGUUAGUUUGGUAUCGAGUUAGUUGCAUUCGCCUAUUGCACAUUGUUACUUUGUAUUGCAGUCAGUGUUGUUGCACUCACUAUCAUAUUUGCCUGUUAGAGUUUGCUACUUUGUUGCACUCCCGUGCUGCAGUAGCAUUCAGUAUUGGUUCAGUGUUUUCUGUGAAGCGAUGUUGCUAUUUGUGAAGUUAGCCCUGGGAUUUGUGAAGUUAGCUCCAUCUCUCGGUGUUACGGAGUUCAAGGACCGAGAGCGCGCCUGUGAACUCCCACCCGCUGUAGGAGGGAAUGGAGCGUCGUUGUAACGGCCUGUCCUGUCUUCCCGGUGCAGGGCCCGGACUGGACGUGAUGCCGAUCUCCGUCUACCUGAUCCUGGUCUUCGGCUCCCUCUGGGGGCCCGGCUUGGCCAGGAGAUCGGCCGACCUGUAUUGUGGAGUCUGCAGGGCGCUGGUGGACGAGAUGGAGUGGGAGAUCUCCAGGGUGAAUCCGCAGAGGAUGGUGGAAACCGGAACAUUCCGCCUGGACCCCGAGGGCAGCCCCGUGGUCACACAGGUCCCAUACAGGCAUUCCGAGGAGUUCCUGUUGGAGCUUCUAGCGAGGGUGUGCGAACGGAUGCUCGAGUAUGGUGAACGGACGGACCCUGGCACCCUGCGGCAGACCUACCACCGGGUAGUGACCCGGGAAGGGCACAGGGUCCCGGCCCCCGACACUCGCACCACCCAGCACGUCACCUCCAGUUUAAAGCAGGCGUGUGAGAAACUUGUUGAAGAAUAUGAGGAUGAGUUCAUUGAGUUCUUCUCCCGUGAGUCUAACAACGUGAAGGACCGACUGUGCAGUAAACGGACAGAUCUUUGUGACCAUGCACUCCACAUCCACCAUGAUGAGCUCUGAGAACAGAUUCUCUCCAUCAACUUCCCGCAGGGAGUAGGGGAGGGUGUUCCAGCCUGGGGAACAGCAGUCUGCCACAGGGCUGGUACUGCAGAGGAAGACCAGCCAGUUGUGGAGCGUCGGAGACAGUGGAACGUUGGUCUACCCACUCAGAGUGACCCCCACACUUGGCCGGCAUGAGCCCUCCUUCGCUGAGGACCAGCCAAGGCAGCGUCUUACUCUAGGAACAGUUUACUAAAAUAAAGGACACUCAGGAACAAUAAACAGCUGGCUGUCUAUUUCCAUCACUACCUGGCCGAGCCUUCUGUCUGCUUCCCAACACCCCCCUGCGCCCUGCGGUUUAACACCCACCACACUGCCCUACAAAUUCCAUCUGGAUAAAUAAGCCUUCAAUCCCUCACCCAUUUAAAGUUUCUUCUUGGGGUCAGACACAGAGUGAAUCUCCAUCCACACCAUCCCAUCACACACUGCCAGGGUCAGACACAGAGUGAAUCUCCCUCCGCACCGUCCCAUUACACACUCCCAGGGUCAGACACAGAGUGAAGCUCCCUGCACACUGUCCCAUCACACACUCCCAGGGUCAGACUGAGAAUGAAUCUCCCUCCUCACUGUCCCAACACCGACUCCCGGGGUCAGACAGACAGUGAAUCUCACUCCACACUGUCCCAUCACACACUCACAGGAUCAGACACAGAGUGAAUCUCCCUGCACACUGUCCCAUCACACACCCCCAGGGUCAGACACAGAGCGAAUCUCCGUCCACACCAUCCCAUCACACACUCCCAGGGUCAGACACAGAGUGAAGCUCCCUCCUCACUGUCCCAUCACACACUCCCAGGGUCAGACACAGAGUGAAUCUCCCUCCACACCGUCCUAUCACACACCCCCAGGGUCAGACACAGAGUGAAUCUCCCUCCACACUAUCCCAUCACACACUCCCAGGGUCAGACACGGAGUGAAUCUCCCUCCACACUGUCCCAUCACACACUCCCAGGGUCAGACACAGAGUGAAUCUCCCUCCACACCAUCCCAUCACACACUCCCAGGGUCAGACACAGAGUGAAUCUCCCUCCACACUAUCCCAUCACACACUCCCAGGGUCAGACACACAGUGAAUCUCCCUCCUUACUGUCCCAUCACACAGUCACAGGGUCAGACACAGAGUGAAUCUCCCUCCACACCGUCCCAUCACAUGAUCCACAAAUGGCAAAGCAGCAACACUGACCAGAGGAGUUAAUACAGUUUGUUGUUUUUUUUUAAAACAUCGAGAAGACAAAGAACAGAGCAAUGAUAACUUUACAUAAAUAACUGAACACGUCAGGUACUAGGCGAGGCUAGCACUGGUAAAAUGGUCAUUAAUUAGGGAGGGAGUGAAUCAGCUGAGAGGGGAGGGGUUUACACUGAUUACCAUCUCAGCUCUGUGUCAGAGUGCGGGUUGGCACGUUAAUCCUCAUGUUAACACGAUUGGAUAAGAACAGUGGCAGUCGUUCAAUCAGCAUCUGCAGUGAGAGAAUCCGGUCUGAGGACAUCAGUCCUCUGCCCACAGACGCUGCCUGACCUGAUGAGUUUUUUCUCGAACAUCAUUCUCUGGAGACAAUGAGGCUGCAAGGAGGGAGUCGGGGUCCCUGUGGAAUGGAGAGGGGAGUCUAAUUCUGCUUCAAUGUUCAUUGAUCUAGGCAAAAAAAUGGGAUAAUGGGUCUGUGCUAUUGAAAGGGGACAACACAGAUUUGGGUGAGAUGAAAAAGGGUCUCCCCAUGGGUGAACAGGGGCCUCACGGUGGUUAGCAGAUGGGGGGGGGGGGAGAGAAGAGGGUAGAUGUGCUGGUGGGAUUGCCCUGGACUUAGGCC